GUUUCGCUUCCAAAACUACAUUUUUAAAAUGUCAUACUUUUCUUACAUUAUAAACUCUAUUCAUAACUUUACUAAUUUGCAUAAAACAACAAUAGAUGUUUAUUUUUAGAAAAUUAAACGGGUACGAAAAUUCCUCUAGUCUUACGAAUAGGUUAAAAAGCAUUUUAACUGUGCUAAGUAUAACGCUUUAGAAUAAUGUUAAAGAAUCUUCUAAGCCAUGUUAGCGCUAUUUAAAGCGGUAGCAGCGCCAUUUCGUAGCUGAGUUGGCUGUAGUGUCAGGAGUUACGAUUCGCGAGGCAUUAGAGCCGCCGCGGCGCUCGCCGGCGCAACGCGCCGAUCAAAUCUACUUAACCUCUAAAACUAAUUAUAUUACAUACGCAUUUAAUAGAAUUCUAUUUAGCCGCGUGAGAAUGUAAUUGGAUUACCGAAGCGUGGAUUAUUACGUAAAGUUGUGGAGUGCCAAUGAUUAGUUUAACUCAGAGGUGACAAAAUAUUAUAAAUAUUAUUUACGUGUGUAUUACUUAUUAUAGGAAUACAAUUGAACGUUGCGCUUUUCCAUAUGAUGGACAAUAAAUUUGCGUUUCUUAUUUUGUGAUAGAAAUUCGUCUCAAAUAUUAACUGACUGAAAAACAAAAUGUUUAAACUGAGAAAUAAUUUUUGUCUUUCAAUUGAUACGUUAAUAUUUUUAUAUUGUUUUACUUUAAAGGAUAGACAUUUAAGUGGACUUUGAGUGAAGUGAGUGCCAUCAAUAUGAUUGUCGAAAUACAAGAGGAGGUUAGAGGAAAGAGGCCUUUUAAGAUAUGGGACAGCUCCCGAAAUGUAAGGAAGGGGCUGGUCGUAACAAGUUUUGAAGAAUUAAUACACAGAGGAAAGGAAAAGCUCUCGGUAGCAGCGGGUGAGCCGGUGCGGCUAGUGUUGGAGAGCGACGGUACGCAGGUUGAGGACGGAGAAUACUGGCGAACCCUUCCUCCUAAUACUGUGCUGCUUCUUCUACGGCCCGGCGAGCGCUGGUAUCCCACUGGUGUCGACGUUAUUAAGGCUGCCAUAUCUGCAAUACCGAAAAUAGUAUGCGAGACGAUCCACGCGCUCGAGUUACACGAUGAGACCCCUUCAUGGAAAAUCAUGGACAACAAAGGGCGCGUCACCGUCGUGCUGCACUGGGACCAGCGGCCGCAGGCAUCGCCGGCCGCGCGUUCACCCAGCCGUCAGGUCAAGCCUGACAGGCGUCCUUCGCUCGUUAUCCAGACGUCUGUGGAUCGGCCUCAGCCGCCGCCACCCCACAUAACCGUGGUUAACCAUGACGAGCCAGGGCCGGCGAGACCCCGUCUGGCGCGCGCAGGUUCCUCCCUCGACCAUCAUGUGCACACGGCCGAGUGCCGGGCUGCCCCACCGGCACACGCUCCGCGGCCUGCCGCCGACGAGUGCGACUUCCAUUGCUGCGCGCUGCACGAGGAGGGCCGCCGUAUCGCGGUGCACAAAAGUGUCGCCACCUCGCCCAUCCAGGACGCUCAGCCGCGUGCCUCGCCGCAGGGCCGACCCAAAGGUCACGUGCGCUUUUUAGACGCAGAAUCGGCUCGCCGCGGCGAUCGGGACUCAUCCGAGAGCGAGACGGAGAACACUCUCGUAGAGGACGAGGCCGUCACGUCCGAGAAAUUUCUCCUCCUCAUAGACCAGCUGAGCGUCGACCAGAAGCGGCACCUGACGAUCAAAGAUAUAGGUAUCAUUUUAGAGCGGCUGAGCUCAAAAAUUUUAGACGUGGAGCGGUUAGACAGGGAAUCGGAGUCCGACGACUGCUACAAUUGGACGAUCAAAGCGACGAUAAGAGGGGACGCGCUGCGCGAGCUCGGUGUCAUUUAUAACGGUAAUUACUACGCGAUUAGCGAGCACCCCGGCUACCGGGAGGAGAACGAGGAAGCGGGAGACGAGGGUGAAGAAGAAGAAGAAGAAGAUCGACUCUGAUCGGGCCUGUGCGGCGCCGCCGUGCCCGCCGCCGCCGCGCUUCGCCUGGCGCUGUGCCGCGUCGCCGCGCGCUGACCGCCGCACGUCCAUCUCACUGCAACCGCACCACACCGCCCGCCGCCGUACGACAGCGAGACAGCACCGAACAUAACACGGUCGAUCACCUCAAGGUACAAGGCUACUGAGGACUCGUUAAUUCUAUUAAGAGUGAAAAAUCGUAAAGCAGCGAAAUCCCGGGGUGUGUUUUAGAAACCAGCGACGAAUCGAUUUGAAACAUGUAGUUUGAAACAUGCAGACACAUAGAGACUUUUAUGAAAUUUUGCCGCGGGUGCUUCGCGUCGCCGCCUCGAGACAGGCGGCGCGAGGCAACGAGGCCUAGUUUAAUAGUGAAAUUAAUAUAAGUAAAACUGACUUCCUAUCGAUUUCUAAGAUGAAUUAAUCGUGGCAGCCGGACCCCGGCCAGCCGUAUGUAGUUAAUGUACACAUAUAAUACGUCGACAGCAGACAUGGUAACAGCACAAAUAUGGAUAUCAUCGACAUUGUUUUCGAUAUAUAAUUAGAUAUGUAAUAAAUUAUACACGAUUUAGCAAGUACUCAAGAAAUUAAAUUUCAUACAUAUGAAUAUUAUCAAUUGGGAAUUACCUGAAUCGGUCUCCUACUUUCCGACAGUAUACCUCGGUUCGUCGUUACGUUCGUAUCUAACAGCCAUAGAUUGGAAUUUUAAUUUGAAUUUGGCCUAAGCAUUCUGCCGUAAAGACUCGUUUUACGUUACGGUUUAAUUACCCAAAUCAUUCAUCCGCAUUUAUACUUGAAAUAAAAAAAAAACAAUAAAUAUAGCAAACUAGACUAUUAUACACAACAAUCGUAAUUGGUAUAGGAAAUUAAUUGUAACUGGCUAAGGCGAAUAACGUUGCUCAUAAUAUAAAAUUCGUUUGCGUGAUUGCGAGCGAAUGCGAUUGAACGUUGUAUCUGAGUCGAUAAAGGAAUAGCAAGCGUUUCAAAGAGUGAGUUUAGAGAAUACGAUAGAUAAAAUAAAUUAUACUAAUCAAUAAAAUUACAAUGUUAUAAAAGAGGUUGUAAUAAAAUACGAUAGAACCGCAAGCGCAUCUACUUAUCGUGCCGAAUCGACACUUGUUAGCAGUAAGUCGGAUCUUGUACCUAGCUCUAUAAUUGUAGUAGGUAUUAUUGUAACGUUUUUAAUUUUUGUAUAGUACAGUCAUAAAUCACUGUUGUAUGAUAUAAUAAGUUUUACAGUCGCGCCGUGCCCGGACCGUUAUAAAUUGUAUAGUUAUUUAAGAUUAACAUUAAUAAUAUGAUAUUAUGUAUAAGUACAGGUCACUAGCACACGUACGAAUGGUCAGAAUGUCACGUUCACUCAUUAUAUUUUGUAAUUAUUGUGUACUAAGCCUGUACCUUUUUGAAUGGGUUUUUUCUUUAUUUAUAUUAUCAGACCCGUGAAAAUUGCUUCUGUAUUAUAAACUUAGUUAUAAUAAUUGUAGUUUAGAUUCGUUGCGUAUUAAUUCUCGUUGCUGAUGGUCACAGACUACUUUGUUCACAAAGCAAUAAAAAAUUUUGUUAAGUUAAAAAAGUUUAUCCCUUUAAAACUUUAAUUCAAUUGUUUAAUAUUUAUACUAACACGCCACAUAAUUAAUAAAU